CUUGUAGGGUUUUAUAUAUUCCAUAACGCCUUCUCCCAAAUAAUUCAGGCUUUCUCUCUUUAGGGUUUACAGUUCUCUUCUCUGAGUGAAAAUGGAUCUAUCAAAGAAGCGCAAAACUGAUGAGAACGGCGGUGCUUAUCCUGUAAAAACCGAACUCGUCACAACUGCCGCCGCCCCACCGGCACUUGCUGUUCUUUCCCCGGAAGACAUUGACAAAAUUCUUGAAACGUUCACCAAGGACCAGUGCGUUUCAAUUCUCCGUAACGCCGCCCUGCGCUAUCCUGAUGUUCUCGAAGGUUUACGUGCUGUCGCUGACGCCGACGUAUCUAACCGCAAGCUUUUCGUUCGUGGUCUUGGGUGGGAGACCACCACUGACAAACUCAGACAGGUUUUUUCUGAGUUUGGAGAACUUGAUGAGGCUGUUGUUAUAACUGAUAAGGCGUCUUCCAGAUCUAAAGGGUAUGGUUUUGUAACUUUCAAGCAUGUUGAUGCUGCUAUUCUUUCUUUAAAGGUGCCCAACAAGAUAAUUGAUGGACGUGUUACCGUCACACAGCUUGCUGCUGCGGGUAAUUCUGGGAAUUCUCAGUCUUCUGAUGUUGCGCUUAGGAAGAUCUAUGUUGGUAAUGUUCCAUUUGAAAUUUCGUCUGAAAAGCUUUUGAAUCACUUUUCCAUGUAUGGAGAGAUUGAAGAGGGGCCUUUGGGAUUUGAUAAACAAACUGGAAAAGCGAAAGGAUUUGCUUUUUUUGUCUACAAGACUGAGGAUGGAGCUAGGGCAUCGUUAGUUGAUCCCGUGAAGACCGUAGAAGGACAUCAGGUCUUGUGUAAAUUGGCAACCGAUAAUAAGAAGGGGAAGCCGCAGAAUAUGGGGCACGGGGGUGCCCCUGGAAUGAAUGCUGGACUUGUAGGAAUGCCUGGUGAUGAUAGGGUUGGAUCCAUGCCUGGUUCCAAUUAUGGUGUUCCUGUAAGCGGUAUGGGUCCAUAUUCAGGGUUUUCAGGUGGGCCUGGUCCAGGAAUGCAGCAGCCACCACCUCAGCCUGGGAUGGUGGCACAUCAGAAUCCACAUCUGAAUUCAGCUAUUGGCGGGCCUGGAUAUGGAAACCAAGGACCGGGAUCCUUUACAGGUGGUGCUGGUGGAUAUGCUGGCGCGGGUGGAUAUGCUGGCGCUGGUGGGUAUGGGGGUAAUUCUGGGGAUUAUGGUGGGUACAGGAUGCCUCAAAGCUCUGCUGGAAUGCCUAGUUCAGGAGGUUUUCCAGAUGGUGGUAGUUAUGCUUUACAGUCGGCUUAUCCGACACAGGUACCACAACCAGGAGCUGGGUCAAGGGUUCCACCAGGUGGGAUGUACCAGGGCAUGCCUCCAUACUACUGAGACUCUGAAAUCUUUGGUUACAUGGACUGCUGUACAUCUGUUGCCGCUUCACCUAUAUGUGUGGCUGUUAGUUGAUACUUGCUAGUAUUAAGUUAGUAUGUAGGUUCUUCAAAAAUUGCUGUAUCUUUUGAUGAGCGUAUUGACGAGUGAUGUCAGUUUUCUUAUUUUACCCGUACUUCCUGUUUUUAUAUGUUCCCUAUCUGAUGAAUGUGACAUUUUAGAUGUUCUAUCAUAUCAUGUUCAGCCAUUAUUGGCUUGAACUUAUUGUAUGUGGAUUACAAGGCAUCUUUAUGAUAAUGUCAGAUACUGCUGAUCUGAAACAAAUUAUUUGAUGCGAACAAUUUUUUUUUAUAUUGUUUUAAUUAGAAUUAUGUUUGAACUAAAUAAAAGCAGUACUAGUGCUUUAAUAAAUAAAUAUCUGGAGUAUUGAUGGGAAGAUGGGAAAAACACAAAUGUGUGGUAGUAGGAUCCAAAUUUACACUGUUUGUUUGCAUUUCUAGCUGUCUCACCUGCUGGUAAAAAAAGGGCCUUUAUUUUUUCUGUUGGUCACUGAUUUGAACCAAAAUAUGACAUAAUUGUAUUAUGUGUAUUAAUUUAACAAUUUUUUGUAUAUAUAAUUUGCGAAGGCGGGAAACUGGCAAAUGCUAUGUCUUGGCAAGAACCAAAAUCUAAUACUGUCUGCCAUUUUGCUUGCUUUUUUUAACCUUUCAUCCGGUGUUGUUUCUAUCGCAUUCAAAAGCAGAAAAGAAAAUGAAAACCUAGCUAGCUGUUCCUUUAACAUCCAUCAUUUUGGAAUUAUUGGAACAUAUUCCCUACAAGGCAUACAUAUCCCGGUUUCUUUGUUUUCUUUUGUUGACGGACUUGGGGAGGGAGAUGGGUAUGAAACCAGUUGGUCAACAAACACAUGAUGCAAGUGGGUGUAGGGUGGGCAGGGAUGGUUUGUUUCAGCUGAAUCAUGUUCGCCGAACCAUCAGUUUUCAGGAUUCGUAGAUUUGUAAGUUGUACCUAAUAUGAUGUUUAUUUAUAGUUUUGUAUAUGUUCCAACGGAUUGCUAUUUAGCAUAUUGAUCUGUUUGGCAUGUGCAUUUGUCGUUUUCUGUUCUCACCUUGUUUCUCAAGCGUAUUGAAGCUGUUUCAGCUUAUUGGUGAUUCCUGUUCAUAGAUUUGGCUGUAUUUUAUGUCUUGUAUUGCCUUAAAUUCGUGUAUGGACUAUAAAAAACUGAUUGUUUGUUGGAAAUAAAGAUUUAUAUCAAUCCCUGCUAUGUUUUGCCGUUUGUGAUCCUAUUCUGCUUGGCACAAGGCAUAAAAUUAGUUUGUUGUGACUUCAACAGACUAUUUAAACAAGUUCUUAGUUUCAUCUUUAUUGGUGAUCAAUAAUUGUUACUGGAAUUGUAUUAAGAUUUAAGUAGCCGUCAAAAGGAGCACGUGAAGUAGAUAAUAAAUCAAGGAUAUGGAACUCACUUUUACCAAUUUGGAUUUGAAUGUGUGAAAAGAUUGGGACUCUUUUUAAUUGAAGUGUAUAUUUCUGUAGCCGCCUUCAGUUUAGUUGCUAUGACAAUCCUGUGGAAGUCGUAUGUUGCAUGUAUUUUACUGUAAUAGGAAGGCAUACCUCAUGUUUUUAUUUCUUAGCCUGAGCAUUCUACCCUGGUGUGGAAUUGUAUUUUCCAUAACAAAAUUCUUUUCCUUGUUUCCUGGUUGUGGUCUGUACUCUGUAUUGCUGAGGGCUGAUGAUGUGGUGCGGAGUGAAAGCUAUAUUGCUGAGCUUUGAUGGCAUGAACUGCGACUUUGGUGAAGAUUGAGGUCCCAGUUAUCUGGAAAUGCUCAAGGUUGGAGGGAGACGCCUUAAAUGAAGAGAUUUGUAAUAGUUGUAGAGUUAGAUAGAUUGUUGUACGCUUUCAUUCAGUAACAAGGAAAAAAACAUCAAAGUUCAGCUCAUAGCAUUUAGAUGUGCUGAUUGGUUAUUCCACUUCUAUGGCGUUAAAAAGAAAUUAAGCAGAUUGUUAUGUUUUUUGUGCUAAUAAAUUGCAUAUUGCAGUCAAUA